UUUCGAUAAUUACCUCACGUGUUAAACGCCGUGUACCGUGUAUCAUGGCAACUUCAAACUCGGUUGGCUUGUUUUCAAGUUUUAAUCAUCAACAGCAAGAAUGGCUUACGUACAAAAAUAGGCUAGAACAGUGGUUCAUCGCAAACAACAUCGAUCAAGCAAGCGACAAAGCGGGUGUGAGAAGGCGCGCCAUCUUGUUAAGUGCGCUUACGGAAAGUACCUAUCAAUUAGCAAGUAAUCUUGCACUGCCUGAUGUUCUUGAAACUAAAAGUUAUAGUGAAGUGGUGGAGUUGUUGGAUGCGCAUUUUACUCCGAAGCGCUGCGUCUUCGCGGAGCGUUAUCACUUCCAUUCGGCUACGCAGAAGGUAGGCGAAACUUCGGCGCAGUGGGCCGCGCGGCUGCGCGGGCUCGCGGCGUAUUGCCAGUUCAAGAACAUUGAGGAGGCGCUUUUGGACAGAUUCAUCAUGGGCAUGCAGUCUGGAAAAGAGCGUGAAAAAUUGUUUUCGAAGGAGCUCGGCGAACUCACCCUAGCGAAAGCAAUAGACAUCGCUGAAAGUGUGCGGUGCGCGCGCGCCGCAGCCAGCGCGACCUUGGCGGCCGCCGCGACGGCGGCGGUGCCCGGCGCUGAGAGCGUGUUAAAAAUCGGCGAAACUACGGCGGGUCGCGGGAAUAAGUGUUCUGUGUGCGGUCUAAGUAGUCAUAAAGCUGAAAACUGUCGUUACGUAAAUUACAAGUGCAAAAGGUGUAAAAAAAGGGUCAUUUACGUAAGAUGUGUAACCUCAAAUACGUUGAGUCGGAGGAGGUGA